GUUUUCCAUUUUUUUCAAAUCUUACAGCACCUUGUGUUAACUGGUCAAAAUGGUAUAAUGAAAAUACACCUACCCUUCGAAUGAGGUCAGACUAUGAAUUAUUGAAGCAAAUGCGCAGAUCACUGUGUUCAAACCCCAAUCAUCAAAUUACAGACAUUCAAUGUGAAGCUGUCAAAUAUCCACAGCGCCCCAUCAGUGAGAUGAAAGAUAAUGUUACAUGUGAUAAAGAGAUAGGCCUUGUGUGUUCUUAUGCUCCAAAGACAUCUGAAGGUUUGAUGUGUUCAGACUACAGGAUAAGAGUUUGCUGUCAGCCUUCCACGCCACACACAACCACUAUAUUCCCUACAACAUCAAGCAUCACCUCCCUCCCGACCACAGAAACCACCCAUCCUCCAUACACCAUCUCCCUCACUACUACUUCCCUUCCGACUACAUCCCACCCUACAUCCACUACCUCGCACCCUACAUCCACCACUUCACACCCUACAUUCACCACCUCCCUCCCAACCUCCUCCCACCCAACCACACUGACCACCUCCCAUCCGACCACAACCACCACCUCCCAUCCGACCACCUCACACUCGACCACCUCACACCCGACCACCUCACACCCGACCACACCCACCAACUCCCACCAGACCACCUCCUUCCCAACCACAGAAACCUCCUCCCUCACGACCACCACUUCCCACCAGAUCACCUCCCUCCCGACCACCACCUUCCCGACCACACUGACCACCUUCCUCCCAACCACAACCACCACCUCCCUGCCGAACACCACCCUCCCGACGACAAUGACCACCUCCCACCAGACCACACCAGCAACCUCCCACCCGACCACAACCUUCCUCCCAACCACAACCUCCCUCAUGACCACCACCCUCCAGACCACACUGACCACCACGUCCCUCCCAUCCACAACCAUCAUCCAACCAACAUGUGCACUUGAUCCAAAACCCAAAUGUCAGAAAUCUUCACGUAUUUACAAUGCGGAAGGCUGUGGGAAGUGGAAUUGUUUUUGUCAAUGCCUAAUUUGGGGAGAUCCUCACUACAUCACAUUUGGUGGUACACAGUACGAUUUCUUUGAGAACUGCACUUACACUCUUGUAGAAGAACGGGUUAAAAAACACAAUUUGACUGUGCUAAUUGAUAAUUACUAUUGUAUUCCUAACAUCGCCCUGUCUUGUGCAAAGGGGUUAAUUAUCCUUUAUAAUGGAAGUACUGUAACCAUCUCUACCAGUGGGGAUAAGCAUAUAUCUUUUGAUGGAGAAUUGGUGACUGCUCCCUACAGUUUGAAUGGAAUUGACAUAUAUUCAGAGAAAGAAAGAACAUAUAUUUCUAUUCCGAACAUCCUUACAAAUAUAAUGACCUCUGGAGAUACCUUUCAAAUUACACUAUCACAUCAAUACUUUCUGAAUAAUACCCAAGGACAAUGCGGCUCUUGCGUAGAACCUGCAGUUGAUGAAUGCAGGCGAAGGAACGGGGAAGUCAUGCCGGCAGACUGCUGCCACGCCACUGCAAAUGACUGGAGGGUUUCUGAUCCAAAUAAACCCUAUUGUGAAUCUGCACCUAAAAACAUGCCUUGUACCAGUCCUCCACCUCCCACUCCACCCUGCCAUUCUGGAUCCACAAUUUGCGACAUACUUUUAGAAGAACCAUUUGAAGAAUGCAGAAAUUAUUUUCACCUGGAGAUUUACCGGUAUUACAACACUUGCCGCUUCGACCAAUGCCACACAAAUUCCACUGAAAUUGCCUGUUCCAGUUUGCAAAUUUAUGCCACACUUUGUGGAAGCAUCGGCAUAUGUGUUGAUUGGAGAAAGUUUACGAAAGGCCACUGCAAUUAUAGCUGUCCCAAAGGAUUAGCUUACCACCCUUGUGUCAGUCAGGACAUUGAUCACAGCACGAUUCACCGCAGCCGAAAUGGAAACACACCAUCCUCUCUGACAGAGCGCUGCAUGUGUCCAUCAGGAACAAUUCAUUCUAAAAACGGGACAGAAUGCAUAAACACAAGUUGCAUAGACAGUUUAGGAAACCCAAGAUAUGAUGGGGAAAUAUGGAGUGAUCCCACUGAUCAAUGCAUCUUGAAGAACUGCAAUAAAUCUCAAAUCAUAACUUUUCGGAAUAAGGAUCACUGCUGUUCGUGUUCCUUGAAAACAGAUGGUUGUCAGAUAGUGUCUUAUUCCAAAACUGCCACACUUGCAAAUUCAAGUUGUUCAGCAGAAAUUCAUAUGACAAAGUGUCAAGGAAGCUGCCCUGGAAAUGUUGAAUUUGACACUGUUACUAACAGCAUGGUAAAAGAGUGUACCUGCUGCCAACCUACUGAGACGGAAAAUAGAACAGUGAAUUUCAAUUGUGGAAACGGUGAUAGUGUGCCUUACAGCUAUACGUACAUAACAUCCUGUGAAUGCAAUAGUAACAACUGUUACAAUAAAGCACUGGCUUAAUCAAGCACAAUUCCUAUUAUCUGCUGAUCCUGAAAUAUAAAAUUAUAACCAAUUUUCAGAUAUCUUUUAAUGAUUUUCUUUAUGUAGCAUUCAGCUGGCUAGUCUCUUUAAAAAUAAGGUAUUUUCAUCUGAUUUUUAUAAAUUGUGGGAUCAUUUGAGUUAUUAAAAUUAAUAAAUGCACUAAAAGACAUAUCCUGUGAAUUGUAUUAUUUUUCAAUUCAUUUAGGCUUUCAGUUUAUUGAGGCUCAGUCCUCUAAAACAGCUGUGGCUGUAAAUAUCCUCCAGGUCAGAGACAUUUUUGGAAAGAGAAAGUGUCCUGAAACAGCAGUUAGUUUCAAUUGUUUUUCCACAGAUAAUAUCGUUUUUUUUUAAAUGUCAUAUUCCCAAGUCAUAGCAGGUUAGAAGGAUUUGGUUUAUUGGCUGCACACAACUUUUCAAGACAAACUCUUCAUGACUCAACACUGGAUACCGAUUGCUAUCUGUGCUUUUUAGCAGUGGAUCCGAUACAAUCUCCAAGUGAAGUAUAUAGGUUUACGUCAUGUGUACCAAGGUACAGUGAAAAGCUUUAUAAUCAGAUCAGAUAAUACUAUACAUAAAUACAAUCAACAGAAGUACAAUAGAUAUAGCAAAGGGGAAGAUAGGGAGUGCAGAAUGUAAUUCUCAGCAUUGUAGCACAUCAGUUCCACACAGUUUUAUGUCCACAGUGGGGUAGAGGUGAUCUUGUUUUAUGGUACGAAGCGUAUGGUACAAAAAAAGGUGCCAUUCUAUGGUAACAUUUUGCCAGCAGCACAAAAGCAAAGGGUGAAAUACAAAUAUUCUGAAUUUAUUUGGAUCCAAGGAACAGCACAAGUCAGUACUGUAACUGACAAUCUGCACCUGACAAACAAGUUUCACUUCUAACAAUUCCCAUUUCCAACAAUUAACUGCACAGAUUCAAGUUGUUUAUGCAACAAUCCAAUAAAUGCUCAGUUGGUGGAACUCAGUAAGGUGAAGCAGCAUCAGUGGAGGGAGAGACUGUUGACAUUUAAGGUCAUGAUCCUCGAUCAGAACUAAAAUAUAUGAAAGGAUGGAACUCACAGUAAACAUCCAGAAAAUCAAUAUCUUUCAUCUGCCCCUAAAACAUUACUCUGCAUCCAGACAUCAAGAAGCCGUGGUCAAUAUUGCCCAUGUCUCAGGAGCCA